AUGGAAAUUAAUUCUCAACAUAAUGAUAUAAAAAUAAUUCAGAAUGAAAUUGAAGAAAAGAAAAAUAAUGAUCUGAAAAAACGUCAUCCAAUCAUUUGGAAAUAUAUACAAAAUCCUUAUGAUAUCAAUGUAUGGAAUAUAAUUAAUGAAGCUAAUAGAAAAUAUGAACAAAAUAAAACAAAAUAUCUUGUCUAUUCUUGUCGAUUUAUGUGUGGAGGUUGGGGAGAUCGUACUCGUAAAAUAGUUGCAGCAUUUUUUCUAUCACUUGCUUUAAAUCGUACAUUUAUUCUUGAUAUGACAUGGCCAUGUUCAAUUGAAAAAUUCUUAACAUCAAAUUUUAUUUCCUGGUCAAUAUCAUCACAUAUUCAUAUACGAAAUAUAUCGUCGUCAUCAUUUAAUAUAAGUUCAUUAACAUUAAAAGAUUAUUCAUUAUUAAAAUCUUAUCAUGAAAAAUAUUCUAUAAUAUAUAUUCAAACAAAAGAUAUUGCAUAUUUUGAUUUAAUAUCGAGAUAUUCUCAACUUUAUCAACCAUUAUUAAAUCGUUUUAGACUUAAACAUGAACAUAUGAAUAUUAUUACAUUAUAUCCAUUAUUUUAUGAAUUACUUAUUAAAUUAAAACCAUAUUUACAGGAAAAAUUUAAUCGAAUUAAUUUAAAUUCGAUCGAUUCAAGUCCAUUAUUAUGUGGUCAUUUACGUAUUGGUCGUAAUCCAUCAAAUCCUAAAGAUGUUGUAUUUCCUCAUCGUGAACAAAUGAAUAUAACUAUUUUAAAAUUUCUUCUUUCACGUCCUGGUCGAGUAUUUAUAACAACUGAUUCAGUUGAAGUUCAACAAUUAGCAAGAAAAUUAUUUCCAGUAUCACGUUUAAUUGAAAUCAAUGGUACAAUUGCACAUAUUGAUCGUGAUUGGAAUUAUUUAGCUUGUGAAAGUUUAGAAAAAACAAUUCUAGAUUUUCAUGCAUUAAGUUUUUGUAAUUUAGCUGUGAUUUCAAAAAGUUCAUUUGGACAUUUAGCUAUUAUGAGAAGAAUUAAUCCAUAUGAAGAAUUAUAUCUUUAUUGUAAUGGAAUUAAAAGAAUUCGCAAUCAAGAUGAUUACAAUCAAUAUAAAUAUUCAACAUGUUAA